UUUUGACGUCUCCUGGAGAAAGGAAGUGGCUUGCAGCAGUUGACAUUCGUAGUACGUUUGAGCGACCGGACGUGGUUGGAGUUGUUCCGCGGAAGCAACAACAGCAAUGAAAACGAAUUUGUAGCCACACUAUGUUGCACUGGCCUGUAGCCUUUAUUGAAUAUCUCAGCAACUGUGUUGCAAGUGAACUAGGAACGUAGGAACGUGGGCCUGAAGAAAAUGCCGUCCUCCUGGCUAAUGUACAUAUUUUUACAUGUUUUGGUCUGUGAUGGAAUUGUAGCACAAGUGGAAAAUCUGGUGGUUUUCCUGUUCAACACCUUUCAGAACGUGAAUGUGAAUGAGAACGAGACAGUGCAGGCUGUGGUCUCCAGAAUCCCCCUUGACGUGGCCUUUAUCACUCUCCAGUUCCACACACAGCACAGCAAUGCUACGCUGUCCUACACCAGGAUGCCAGGGAUUGGCCUCUCUCUAACAGCGGUGGACUCAGGCCUUCUCUCACCCCUGAUCCCCGGUCAGACCAAGCUUUCCUGGUUCCUGCUGGCCCCUGAUGGGGACUCUGUGGCCGGCACUGGGGUCAUCCUCCCCUACACCAGCUCUGACCCAGUCCCUGGAGCUUGUAAUCUGGCGUUUGACCUGGACAUUGACCCAAAUAUCUAUCUCCACUACAACAUUUUUGAGACUACUAUCCGCUUUGGACCUGCAAAUAUUGGAUAUUCAAGGGGCUCCAAUCCGCCCGCCUGUGACACUGAAGUAGGUGAAAACACUCGAUGGCGCCUGAGGUAUGACAUCUACCAGUACUUCCUGCCUGAGAGUGACCUUUCAGAGCAGAGCCUCAUCACCAGCAUCCAGAGUGUGGCCAAUGUGCAGACCAUGAGAGAGCAUGGGAAAAGGGUCAUGACACUAUCAUCCAAUGAUAAGACAGAGGUAGUGUUUAGCUCCAUCCCGGGCCAGGGUGUCAUCUACUCUGUCAUAGUCAGAGACCCAGUGCUUAACACCUCUUCCUCGUAUAUCCCUGUCCACACCUACGCCUGCAGCUUCUCCUCCACCCUAGAUGGCUGCGACAAUCUGGGGAAGAUAUCCACAAGGAUCUUCUUCACCAUCACUGGUUUAGCUGGCCUCUUCGUGUGCUUCUUUGGGCACCGCUUUUUCAAAUGUGAGCUAUUCUGUAUGGGCUUUGGCUUUGCAGCGUUUCUUUUUUUUGUCCUGAUCACAAGAACCACAAAACUGGACUAUGACAUCCGCCUGACCCUGACAGCAGUGAUUGGCGUAGUGGGGGGAGUUAUCCUGGUGAUGAGCUGGUGGCGCUUCGGCUCAGUUAUGUCCUGUGUUGUCGCCGUCGGUCUCAUGUUGGGGUUCCUCAUCUCCUCCAUUGUCUUCUUCACGCCUGUCGGUGACAUACAGGUGUUCCGUUCGAAUGUGGUGUUCUGGGUGACGUUCAGCUGCAUCGUGGUGGGGGUACCGCUCUUCUUUGUCCGCUGGCCAAGAGAGGGUAACAUCACUACGUGUGGUGUAGCUGGAGCCUAUGCUGUGGUGCUGGCUGUGAAUGCUUACAUAUAUACCAGCCUCUCCUACAUCACCCUUAACAUCCUCAAACGCUUCCUCAACGACAACUUCAGCAAGGCCUUUACUGAUGUGCCUUUCCAGGACAUUGAUUUCAUCAUGAUCACAGUGUGGGUGGUUCUAGGUGUGUCUGGUAUCGUGCUACAGCUCUACCGGGAACGCACACGGCCCUUCUUCCCCCCCAGCCCUUACCUCAUGUGGCUGCAAGAGCGGGAGCGCCGCAAGACCAACGUUCUGGACCCAAGCCACCACACGUCCUCACUCCCUUCCCGUCUCCUCGCCCGUGCCCGACAGCUGACUGGCAGGAGAGAGUCCGCUGGCGAGUGCACACCCCUCCUCCUUUAAACCCAUCCAUUUUACCCAGCCAGGUAGACAGAUUCACCCCACUAGGAGGGUGCUAUGGGGCAUGGGCUCUCUAUCUACGGGGAAAGCACCAUUGCGUUUGGAGUCUUUCUAUUCCAGAUUAUGUAUGUUUUCAUGCCUUUGAUGAUGGUAACAGUCCAUUAAGGUAGUGUUUAUAUGCCUGGGGAGGAACUUUGUCACAAAGUGCACACAGAGAAUUUUCAAAAGAUUAUUUUCAAGCAUGAUUUGAUUCACUUCCUCAGUCUUGUGGUAUUUGGCUGCAUGUUCUUAGAGGGUACUGAGGAAGUUGUUACCGAAGUUGGCCACUAUCUCCCCUAGUACAUCACAGUGCCUUUAAACAACUAGGGUUACAGCAUACCGGUAUGGGCAACAUAUGUGUUUUAGUACCACUGAAUAGCACAAGAAAACAUUUGGAACAGUAAGAUGCAGACACAUCAUGCAGACAAUCUUUUUGAAAUGGCUUUGACAGCAACAUUUGGUAGGUAGGUAUUCAUUUUAGUGUAAAAGUAAGUAUACUUUGUUUAUCUUAAUACCACUCAAUGAAAUUAUGGGUAUGACACCACUGUUCUGGGUAUGCCCAUUUUGGCUCCAAUGGCUGCAAAUUGUUUUUAAUGUUUUGUCAACAUUUUCGCAUGCAAACUGUCACUUUUACACCAUGUUCUGUAAAACUGAGGCCACUAUUUUUUUUCUAUUUACAAAUAUGAACAAUUACAUUUAAGAAAUAUGA